AUGGCGACAAUCCCCCCGAGCAUGCCGGUGUCCACGGCUAACUGGCACUGGAAGAACAAGACAGUGACACCAUGGGCAAAGACAUGGUUCGAACGCGAACUCGUGACCGUCAGCGUGAAGGGCAGUGGGGACGAGGUUGUGAAUAUCUCCGAGGUCGUCGGCUUUGACGGCGACGUUGAGCUUGGGCAACGUAAAUCGAAGCUGAUUACAAUUUAUGACUGCAAAGUCGAUCUUGAAUGGACGGGCACGGCUUCGGACGGGACAGAGGUCAAAGGCAAGCUCACGAUCCCUGAGGUGUCCCAUGAAAUUACUCUGGACGGUCUUUCUGACUACGCGUACGAAUGGAGCCUCACAACUGCAUCUUCGCCCGUGGUCAACACGCUCUUCGCGCUCGCCAAGGCCCGCCUUCCCACUGCUCUGGAGACCAAGUUCGCACAGUUCCCCACGGCAAUCAUCGACACACACGGCAAGGAUCUCACCGUUAGCGCAGAUCCUAGUCGCCAGGGUUCGCCCGCCCCUGCAGCCUCCGCUUCGACGAAAUCAGUGCCGGCUCCCAAUUUUACGCCUGCCACGAAGCCCGCUCCAAAAAAACCUGCGGCAUUGGUGAAUACGACGACGCUCACGGUUGAUGCAAACUUCAUGGCCUCCGCGGCCGAUCUGUUCGACUUGUUGACGAACGAGCAGCGGAUACCUGCGUGGACGCGUGCGCCUGCCAAGUCUGCAGCGAAGCCUGACACGGAGUACAGUCUCUUCGGUGGAGGAGUGAGAGGCAAUUACGUCUCGCUCACGCCAGCGAAGGAGAUUGUGCAGACCUGGGGGCUGCAGAGCCCGACUUGGCCCUCCGACCAUGUCGCCACGUUGACAACCACGCUAGAUCAGGGAUCGGAUUCGACCAAGGUUACGUGGAAGUUGGCGGGUGUUCCUCUUGGGAUGGAGGAAGAGACAACACGGAAUCUGCAGGGAUACUAUGUGCACGGCUUAAAAUCAAUUGGGUACGUACAGCUUUUCGAGUAUAGAUCACCCCCACCCCCAUCGCCUUCCCCUGUUCGUACAAAGUGCGACUCGGCAUCCGCUGGGGCGAGGAAAAGCGCAGCAACAGAGUAUGCGGCUAUUGCGCUUGCCAUUAUGGCUGUAGUCGCAGCGUUCUCGAUGCGCUACUUGUAUACCUAA